CCAGGUUUUGUACGAGUUGGCCACCGGCCAACGAACUUUGCAUCCUUCAAAGGAUGACAUUUGUCUAGUCCAGUCCAUUUCUAGGCAAAUAUAUAUGUGUAUGUAUGCACACAGUUCCAUGUGAACAUUGUAUAGCCUGACAAGAGAAACUCCCGCUGAAUCUUGUACAUCAAGAAAGGCAGGAGUUUCUUCUGUUGUUUCAGGCGAGGAGACGGGACAGAGGUCGACAGACAAUGGGUGUCCUGCUAGGAAGGAGAAGCAGAACGUCGAAGAUCAAGAAGCUCUCCAAGCUCGCCAUUUCUAGGAUCGCGAUCCUCAAGAGGCAGCGUGAAGUCCGUGCUUCUCAUGCACGAUCGGAUGUGAUCGAGCUCCUGAACCUGGGACACCAAGAACGCGCACUCCUUCGGGUCGAGGUCAUGAUUAAGGAGCAGAACAUGCUGGACGUGUUCUCGAUGGUAGAAGCUUACUGCCACAUCCUCGUGCAAAAGAUCGGCCUCACAAAGAAGCACAAGCAAAUUCCCGAUGAGCUGAGAGAAGCUUUUGCAACCUUAAGUUUUGCCGCAUCAAGGUGCGGGGAGCUCCCGGAGCUACUAGAGCUCCGGAGGAUCAUCGCAAGCAACUACAGCAACGAGUUUACAGCUCAUGCAGUUGAGCUGCCCAAUAACUGUGGAGUGAAUCCCAAGUUAAUGCAUGCCUCUCAGAUUAUACAGAAGCUUUCGCAAAGACUACCGGACUUGGGAAGUAGAUUGAUGGCCCUGAAAGAAAUUGCUACGCAGAAUGGGAUGUCUCUGCAGUUGGAAAACACAAAUGAGCUGCAGGAGAAAGCCCAAGAAGUCGGUCACCAGCAUGAGCAACCCGAGCCGAUGGUAGCUAAUGAGGAGAUGGGUUCUAAACACGAGAUCUGCUACAUCCCUAUACAAGAAGAAGCCAAGGAGGACGAGCAGAAGUUCCAAGGAUCGGGGAGUCCAAAGCAGAAAUACAGGGACGUAGCCGGUGCAGCUGAGGAGGCAUUCAAAUCGGCAGCUUAUGCAGCAGAAGCUGCAAGGGCUGCCGUUACUCUGUCGAGGUCCGGAUCAGAUGGUCUUGAUCAUCAUGAUGAUCGUGGCAGUUCCCCUCCUCAAACAGGAAAUAUUUCGGACGGCGAAUUACAUCGGACAGGAGAAUGCACAUCAGUAGCAGAUCAAUUCGUCUUGGAUGGAAAACAAAAUUUUGUUCAUCGCAUUUCCAGGGAUUGGAUGCAGCCGAUUUCUAAGAUCGGGACUGGCGAUGCAUACUAUGGGAGAAAGAUCAAGGUUUGAAAACGGAGUCCAUGAAUAUCCGGUCUGAUAGAACUCAUUUUUUGGUUCAUUAGUACAGCAUACUUGUUUCUAUUUAAUUGCUUUCGAAUAUCAUUGGUAUACUAGUCCUUAGUUUUCACCAGCAGAACUUCCGUAUGCGGCCUUUUAUGCAAAGAGCUUUAUCAGAGAGAGAAAAUAUUGUUCCAAACAA